AUGGGUUUCAAGGUUAUUCGUGAGAUUUUGCUUCAACUGCUAGAAGAAAAUAUCCCAAAAGAUUCCCAUCCUAUUCUAUGCUUGGCAAAAACCGAUCAAGAGCGUGCAAAGGCUAAAAGGCGUCGUGAGGGUAUUGACGAUGAGGACGAGGGUUCUCUUAUCAGUAUUGCCAGAAAAAAGCGACGUAUUUGGCUUAAACAGGCCUACGUAUCACCAAUCGCUUUUGCAGGAAUUCAACGUAAUACAGGUGAUAAGGCUGCUCGUGAUGUAUCAUCCCGUGAAUACUUAUCAGAAUUUGAACGAGAAAAGCGUUUACGAUGUCAGGCUACUAGAGGGACAGUUGCUCUUUUUAAUGCUGUUAAGCAACAUCAAACCAACAUAGGAAAGCAGCUUCAAGGUUCGAAAUCUGGUUUCGAAGAAGAAAGAAUUCUCACACAAGUUACAACUUCAGAUUUUUUAGACCGUCUUUCUGCUGGAAUAAGCGCUCCUAAGUUGUCUAAAACCCAUUAA